AUGUCCACUGCAAUUGAGGGGCCGAUCCGAGACCGCAUGACCGAAGACACCCUCGCGUUCAGCAAGGAGGACCUCGAGACCUUGGUAGAACCAUACAAUGACGCACUAGUAAUUUCAUUCCUUUUAAUCAACAUUCAAAUUAAACGUGUACUCAUGGAUCCAGGCAGCUCGGCCAAUGUAAUCAGGUCAAAGGUAGUGGAACAACUUGGGUUGCUCAACCAAGUCGUACCUGCCUCUCGGGUCCUCAAUGUCUUCAACAUGGCCGGCAAAAUAACGAAGGGAGAGAUCAUCCUCCCGGUUGAUGUGUCUGGUACAAUUCAGAAUACCAAGUUCCACGUCAUCAUUUGUGACACGAGGUACAACGCAUUGCUUGGUAGGCCAUGGAUACACAAUAUGAGGGCGGUGCCGUCAACUCUGCACCAGAUGAUAAAAUUUCCAAUGAAAGAUGGCAUAACAACCAUAUAUGGUGAACGAUAUAUGGCAAAAGAAAUGUUCACAGUUUACCAGGAGGCACCAAGCCCCAUACACUCCACCUUGGAUGAAUCUAGGAGCAUACAGACCCCCGAGGACGAUGAAGAAGAUUUCCUUGCCCCUUGA